AGUGUCGCGGGUUGGGUGGUGGUGUGAGGGCUCUCUUCCUAACGCUGCUGUCCCUCUCCCUCCCGCCCUCCCUUGCCACCCACGCCAAAGAGAGCAGAGGGAGUGUGAAGGUAACCCGUUCGUCUGAAUCUGUCCUACGAGCAUGAAAGGAUGAACAUGCCUGCCUCGCCCACGUCUGCUGAGGGAAGGUGGUGGUGGUGGAGGGCUGCAGCCAUACUGGUGGUGCUGCUGGUGGUGGCGCCGACCCGCACGCAAGCCCAGUAUGAGAUCUAUGACGAGUUGGUGGGGCCCUGCGCGGACUACCAGCCAGGGGAGGACGAUCUACAGGCCUUCGACUUCAUCCGCCAGUUCCAGCUUGAUGUCUUGGAACAGAACUACACUGGCGUGAAGCGUGUCCGGGGCUCCAACCGCAUGCAGACCGCCUACCGACUCAAGGCUGACGCAAACCUUCAGAUCGCCACGAGGGACAUCUUCCCCCAAGGACUGCCGCAGGAGUUCUCUAUGAUCUGCACCUACCGCGCCCGCCGCCAGCCCCGGAACCCCUGGGACAUCAUCAGGAUCAAUGACCUCAGAGAAAGACCUCAGUUUGCCGUUACCCUGAACCCCAUCAGGAAGUUUGUGGAGCUGUCCAUCUUGUCCUAUGCGGGUUCCCUCCAGACGAUCAGAUUUGAAGGGGCCGAGGAAGCCUUCAAUGAAAAAUGGCACAAACUCCACUUUGGCGUCUUCAGGGACCGUGUCACUCUCCACCUUGACUGUGAGAGGACCACAGAGCUGCCCAUUGACCCCAUCGGCCCCAUAGAUGUCAAUGGGAAUAUCUACAUUGCCAAGCAACAAGGAUCGCAGCGGACGGUUCCUAGGAGAAGGAGCAGAUCCAAUAUCGAGCUGCAGUGGAUGGUGAUGAGCUGCGACCCAUCCAGUCCUGAGCGUGAAACAUGUGAUGAACUGCCCCAGUUUGUUCAGGUGGAUUCUGAGCAGGUUGGCGCGCAGCAGUGUGAGGUGGUGUGCCCCCGCGGUCCCCCGGGCUUGAACGGCACUGAUGGUCGCAGGGGGAGGAGGGGUCUCCCUGGUCCACAAGGACCUUCCGGAGAUGUAGGUCUGCCAGGCAUCCCUGGCAGUGAAGGGCAGCGUGGUCCUCCAGGAGAGCCAGGACCUUUGGGACCACGAGGACCACCAGGCAGCCAGGGGGAACAAGGAUUCCAGGGAAUAGCUGGCUCUCCUGGCCCUCCAGGUCCUACUGGACUCACAGGAGCACUGGGACCUAUCGGCCCAAAGGGAAACACUGGAGAUCGGGGUCUUCCUGGCCCCAUAGGUGCCCCUGGUCCACGAGGUGAUCCUGGACCUAAGGGUGUGCCUGGUGAUGCUGUACUUGUCUCUGGUCCUUCAGGGGGACAGGGAUCUCCAGGGCAACCAGGUCUCCAGGGUCUGGACGGGCUGGAUGGGGCUCCAGGGGCACCGGGCAGCAAGGGAGACAAAGGAGACCGAGGUGACCGCGGGAACACUGGGCGGCGAGGCCAGCGUGGUGAGAAGGGCAACACAGGAGGACCAGGCCAGCCUGGGCCACGUGGCUUUCCCGGCGAGACUGGACCACCUGGUCUGCCUGGAAGGCCUGGUGGAGAGGCCAAUGGAGAAACUGUUCCCGGACCACCAGGCCCACCUGGUCCAUAUGGUCCAGUUGGUCCUCCUGGUGAACCAGGCACCAUAGGGCCUGUUGGCCCCCCUGGUCCAGAAGGGUUUCCAGGAGUACCAGGGGAUAAAGGUGAGCGAGGGAAUGAAGGCAUCCCAGGCAAUGAUGGAUCCAAGGGGGAGCCCGGGCGGACAGGAGUUCCCGGUGAGAAGGGAGAGAAGGGCAUUGGUGGCCUACCAGGCGUUCCAGGCCUCAUUGGCAAGCCUGGUGUUGUUGGACUGCCAGGACCAGAGGGCCCCAUGGGUCCUCCAGGGCCGCAAGGCAUCAAGGGUGACAGAGGUGCACGUGGAGAGCCAGGCCUCUCUGGCGAGCCAUCCCCGCCAGGCCAGCCUGGACCACAAGGUCCGCAGGGAACACAGGGCAACAGGGGAGAGGAGGGUCCAUCAGGGCCACCAGGUCUUCCUGGCCCUGCUGGUGCCCCAGGAAAUCCUGGGCAGUUGGGUCUCAUUGGACCCAAGGGACACCCUGGAUUGCCGGGUAAAAAGGGUGACCCAGGGAAGGAUGGAGAGCAAGGAGUAGCAGGUCCCAUGGGACCACCUGGCACCAGAGGACUCUCAGGAUCUCCAGGUCAAAGUGGACUUCGAGGCCGUGAUGGAGCAAAUGGCAAACCAGGGCCACAAGGACCCAUAGGUCCCCGAGGGCUUCCAGGACCUCAGGGACCAUCAGGUCCAUUAGGACCUGCUGGACCCCCAGGCCUUCCUGGCUUUGUGGGCAAACCAGGGCCCCCAGGUCCCCCUGGACCUCCUGGACUUCCUGGUGACUCAUCAGCACAAAUGAUGGAGGUUGUCAGUGGUGAGCGUGCGUAUGGAGUGCCAGGUGUGGCAGGACCCAUGGGGGAGAGGGGAAUGCCUGGUGAGCGGGGAGCUGAUGGUGAGCGAGGUCCUCAAGGGAAGACAGGCCACCCUGGCAUGCCAGGCCCAUCGGGUUCCCCAGGGAUGCCGGGCCCACCUGGCCAGCGUGGGGCACAGGGGAAUGAUGGUUUGCCAGGCAGACCUGGUCGGGAGUACACAGAGGAGCAGCUGCGGGGGAUCUGUGCCUCUGUGCUGCGAGACCAACUGGAAGUACUGACUCGUGGCCUGCAGGGUCCUCCUGGACCACCUGGACAAGGCCGUAUAGGGCGUGCUGGGCCUCCUGGAAAUCCCGGGGAUCCAGGUGUCCCUGGAACCCCAGGAGAGGUAGGUCCCCGAGGCUACCCAGGCUUCCCAGGGCCACCCGGAUCACAUGGACCAGCGGGGGAGCGAGGACAGCGAGGCUACAAGGGUGAGCGUGGUCAGAUGGGAGAGGGCAGAGACGGCAAGAUGGGCCCACCAGGAGAUCCAGGACCUCCUGGACCACCAGGCACAGGUCUUCCAGGAAGGAUAGGAGAGCGUGGACCACCUGGUUUGACAGGUCCCCAGGGUGGGCGUGGAGCUCCAGGUGCACAGGGUCCCCCAGGACACUGCGAGUACUGCAAUCCAGCACUUGCCUACCAAUCCUCUGUAGCUGCCCAAGGCAACACCAAGGGCCCAUGAGAUCCUUCCAACACUGCCCACGACCUCGACAAAAUCUGAAUGAUGCCAAAAUUCCCUGCGAUGCUUUGCUGCUCUUGACUCAUUGGAUAGCGGAGUUUCUUGUUGUGUUACCGAGGCACCUUGCUGCUCAGUGCUGCCUCUCACUUACUGAAAUUACUUAGCAGUGCCUGGUUAUCCCUGCCACCUGUACAGCUUUCUCUUCCUUCCCUAAUAUAUAUCCACUCAUUGGUAGCAUUAAUAUCCACAGUUCAAGUCAUGGCAUGCUUCUUGUCUACUUGUGUACUGCAUCUUGCUGCAGACAACAAACACAAUGACCCGAGCCAAGAAAACAUAUCACAAGUGUGUCUUUGAGGUGGCCGUAUUCAGGCUCCUCCAUCAGCAUUCACUGCCAUUCGCGUUGUGUCUUGGUUAUCUUUUCUCUCUUUUCCACAUACAGUCACUCCUGGAGAGCUGGAAGGCUACAGAAAAUAUUGUUGGACAAAAUACUUUAUCAAAAGAUUAUUUUUUUUUUCAUUUUAUUCUUUAAGAAUGAUAUAGACAUUCAAGGAUAUUUCUAUUGUUAAAUUGUUCCCUUGACCAGUCAGUGCUGUCUUGUCUUUGGUCAGUGUGCUUCUGAGUCAUGGUCUUGGUAGCCACUGCUGGGUCUGUGACAACUCAUGACGCCAGACACACACUGCCCAGAGCACUCGACCACAAGUCUUCACCAUCCAGUUCACCAUCUGAACUACCAUCAUGUAUAUUCUGUAAAACUAACCACUGAAUGUAUAUAAAUUAAUUUUUUACCAAAAUUAAUAAAUAGUUGGCCAACAA